AUGACCCCUCCCUCGCAAUCCGACCAAAAGCGCCAUUCCCGCUGGAUCAUCCUCGCCCUGACCAGCGGCGCAUUCGCCGCUCUGAACGGCCUCUUCGCAAAGCUGACAACAGACACACACACCUCCUCCCUCGCCGCCUUCCUCCUCUCCCUCUUCAACGCCACCCUCGACCAGCAUCCAUUCAUGGAGCUCGUUAUUAGAGGUAUAUUCUUCGGCCUCAACCUCCUCAGCAACGUAACCAUGUGGGCGCUCUUCACGCGCGCACUGACCGCGUCGCCCUCGACAACAAAAGUCUCCAUCACGAACACGUCGGCGAAUUUCCUCGUCACGGCCGUGCUGGGCAUGUUGGUUUUCAAGGAGAAUGUGGCGCCGCUGUGGUGGGUUGGCGCGGGUCUGAUGGGGGGUGGGUGUGUGCUUGUGGGGAUGAGGGAUCAAUAA